AUGGCGUACCUCCUAAUGUUUGUGACCCUGCUGCAUCUUGUCACUCUGGCAAUGCUGUUUAUUGCAACCAUGGAGAAGGUAGCAGUCAAAGUUGGGACACAGUGUUGUACAUUUUGACAGUAUGAUUUUAUAAGAAAAUAUCUUCAGGUCUGUGGCUCAACUCUUUUUGCAGUCCUGGUGGGUGUGGGACGGCAUGGAGAACUCGGACCUGUGGUACAACUGUAGGUUUGACAACAUCACAGGAACCUGGCUGUGUUCAUCCUCCAAAGAAUCUGGUACACAACCAUUUUGUUUUUUGCCUCCAUUUAUGAGACUUUACAUAAAAGCUGCUAUCCAACAGUAAGAGCUGAAGGAGUGAUACUGUUUUUGGAUGUGGACAUGUUUUUCAUUCUCAGAGUGGCUUCAGGCUGUGCAGGUUCUGAUGGUUCUGUCAGUGGUCUUCUCUUCAGUUUCCUUCUUGGUGUUCCUCGGUCAACUGUUCACCAUGUCUAAGGGUGGUCUCUUCUACUUCACUGGGCUGUGUCAAGUCUUUGCAGGUAACUGUUAAGAGAGACAAUGCAGUGCUGAUAUGCCGAUUUGUAGAGACCAUUUGAAAAGGGCUAUCCUGCAUUUAGAAAGUGAGAUGGAUGACUAAGCCUAAUGAUGAUUGGUCUCCAUACAGCCGGGAUAUAUUUGAGGAUAGAAAUAGAUGGUAGAAAUUGAGGUUUGAACUUCACUAUUAGAGGGGUUUUAUUAUUUAUUUAUUUUUUGGUGGGGGAAAACCUGAUACAGGUUACUGUUCACGUUCAUUUUAAUCAAAGUUUAAUUUUAAUGUUAAAGUUUUUUUAUUUAUUUUAUGUCAUUUUAUAAAUUAUCUCUGUUCUUAGUCUUUUUCUUAAUUCCCGUCUUAGAGGUUUUUACUUCUUUUACCCCUUUUACAUGGUAAAGAGCUUUUACUUAUCCGUUCAUUUAAUGUUAUUUUCUUGUUUUAGUCCAUCAGGUUUUAGUCUUUCUUUUUACCAUUUUCUUUUAUUUCUUUUCUUUUCUUUUUUUAUCUUUAUCUCCAGUGUUUCCCAAAGGCAGCUCAUUCCUCGCGUAAUGUCUCAGUGUCAGGCCAUGUCUCUCUAACGAUAUAUCUUAAAUUCUCACACUGUGUGCGCUUGUGUGUAUGUGUGAGUGAGUGAGGGUAGUUGUUUGUCUUUGUGUGUGUGUGGGUCCAUGGUUGGGUGUAUGGGUGGGAGGUUCAGGUUUUAUUGUUGUUAAUUGUUGUUUUUUAGCCUCUGUGAGGCACUUUGAACUGCAUUUUUUUGUCUGAAAAGUGCCAUACAAAUUAAGUUGAAUUUGAACUCAUAGUAUUACACUGAUUACUUAGAAAAAUGUACAAUUAAGGCAUUAACUGAUAAAAUAGAAAAGAGGUCAUGUAGAUUAAUGCAUACCAUCCACACACUCUUACCCAAAACAAAUAUCAUUUGCUUUAUUUUGCAGGUUUAACUGCCCUUUCUGCUGCUCUUAUUUACACACUACAUAACAGAGAAAUCCUCCAGGACUCCAGAGAACUCAUUGCGGGACGCUUUGGCUACUGUUUCAUCCUGGCCUGGGUUUGCGUACCAUUGUUGCUUUGUAGUGGGCUCAUAUACAUCCACCUGCGUAAGAAAGAGUGA